AUGACCACUUUUCGGGUGCUGCUGCACGUUGCCGCUCAGCGUGACUACGAGCUUCACUCUCUUGACUUCAGCACAGCCUUCUUACAGGGCAGCCUGCACGAGGAGAUCUGGCUGUGCCGCCCACCUGGCUUCACUGGGUCGUUCCCUCCUGGUACCCAGUGGAGCCUCCGGCGGCCAGUCUACGGUCUCCGCCAGGCGCCUCGUGAGUGGCACGACACACUGAGGACGACACUUGCGGCUCUUGGGUUUGCUCCUUCGACUGCUGACCCGUCGCUGUUUCUGCGCACUAGCACUUCGCUGCAGCCGUUCUACAUCCUCGUGUACGUCGACGACUUGGUCUUUGCCACUGCUGAUACUGAGGCUCUCGCCCUUGUGAAGUCGGAGUUGCAGAAGAGACACACGUGCACAGACCUGGGUGAGCUGCGCAGCUACCUUGGCUUGCAGAUCACCCGGGACAGAGCACGCCGCACCAUCACACUGUCUCAGUCACACAUGGUGCAGCAGGUCCUUCAGCGCUUCAGCUUCACCUGGUCCUCCCCACAGUCCACUCCUCUGGCUUUAGGUCACUCGCUCUCAGCUCCACCUUCGGACGAGUCCGUAGAGCCGAGUGGUCCUUACCCAAAGCUAGUGGGCUGCCUCAUGUACCUGAUGACCUGCACUCAACCUGACCUUGCGUACCCUCUUGGCCUUCUGGCUUGUUACAUGGCUCCUGGUAGGCACCAAAAGGUGCACUGGGAAGCUGCGAAGAGGGUACUGCGCUACUUGUGCAGUACAUCAGGCAUGGGGCUCGUGCUUGGAGGACGGGGUGACGUUGUCCUCACUGGACACUCUGACGCGUCUUGGGUUGACGACCAGGCUACGCAGCAGUCGUCACAGGGUUACACCUUCAGCCUUGGCUCCGGCUCUGUUUCGUGGCGGUCUACUCGCUCGUCUUCUGUUCUCAGCUCCAGUUGUGAGGCUGGGAUCUACGCCACAGCCAUGGCUGCACAGGAGUUACACUGGCUCACCUACCUGCUGACUGACUUGGGAGAGUGGCCUCGUUCUCCUCCAGUUCUGUACGUUGACAACAAGGCGGCCAUUGCCUUGUGUGAGGAGCACAGACAGGAGCAUUGA